GAGAAUAAAAAAAGCGGCGAAAAUGAGUGUUGACUGUAGACUAGUGAGUAAGGAGGGAAGGUUUCUGGUUCUCCGUAAAUGGCAUAACAGAAAAAGAUUCGAACAGCAUCCCUCCCUUGACCUUCCUUUCCCUUCGGGAUUUUACCCGACGCGCGCCCAACCUUAACAACCUCCACGUCUUUCUUUUUACUUAUUCGCCUUUCAGUUUCCACCACCCCGGACGCCAUCGUUUCACCCUCCAUUUUUUAAACAUACUGCUUAUGCAAAACGCGGCAACUAUAAAUACCUGCCUCACCCUGCACCCUCCUCAACUCCCACCUCAAAGGAAAGCAAAGCAAACGAAACUCCUCUCUCUCACCUCACUCCUUACCCAAAACAACUUUUGCUUUCACCUUGUUUAAAUUUUUUUCCUCUCUUCGUCCAAGAUGCCGGCUGCUAGCACAAAUAUGUCUGACCGAGAGGGAGAAUCAUUUGUUGAGGUUGAUCCCACUGGUCGCUUUGGGCGCUAUAAUGAUUUGCUUGGUGCGGGUGCAGUAAAGAAGGUUUACAGGGCAUUUGAUCAGGAGGAAGGUAUAGAGGUGGCCUGGAAUCAAGUGAAAUUGACUAACUUCAGUGAAGACCCUGUGCUUAUCAAUAGGCUUCAAUCCGAGGUACAGUUGCUGAGAACGUUGAAAAACAAGUAUAUCAUUGUUUGCUACAGUGUCUGGAGGGAUCGAGAACAUAACACAUUAAAUUUUAUCACUGAGGUCUGCACAUCGGGAAACUUGAGAUCUUACAGGAAAAAGCAUCGCCACGUGUCCAUUAAGGCCUUGAAGAAGUGGUCAAAGCAGGUACUUGAAGGAUUGGAAUAUCUCCAUACACAUGACCCUUGCAUUAUUCACAGAGAUCUAAAUUGCAGCAACAUCUUCAUCAAUGGGAACAUUGGCCAAGUGAAAAUUGGCGACCUGGGACUUGCGGCAAUAGUUGGGAGAAGCCAUUGUGCACAUUCCAUAAUAGGGACACCGGAAUAUAUGGCACCGGAGCUUUACGAGGAAGAUUACACAGAGAUGGUGGAUAUAUACUCCUUUGGAAUGUGCUUGCUUGAGAUGGUGACAAUGGAGAUACCUUAUAGCGAAUGUGACAGUGUUGCAAAAAUAUACAAGAAGGUCACCUCUGGCGUGAGACCCCGAGCCUUGAACACAGUCCCAGAUCCAGAAGUGAAGGCAUUUAUCGAGAAAUGCAUAGCCCAGCCAAGGGCAAGACCUUCAGCUUCUGAACUUCUCAAGGACCCCUUCUUUUCUGACCUCAAAGAUGAUGAGAUAGAGUCAGUGUCCACUUGAUGGGUUUUUGAGUGAAGUUUGCUGCCUAAAAACUAGCGAUUAAUUUUCUUUUAAACAGUGUGCUAGUUGUAAGUGAAUUCAUAUAUGCCUUAUUCCUAGUUUUAACUACUUCCCCAACUGAUAUCCAUAAAUGCUAAUGUACAAAUUGGUAGGCUGAACAAUGAUAACAGUGCAUGUACCAAAAAAAAAAACAAUGAUAACAGUGCACUGCUGUCUUUCUUUUUUUUCUUUUUUUUUUUGGUGAAAAGUGCACUGCUUUCUUUAAUGCUAUUUGAUUUGUUGUUGUGGA